CAAAAAACUGAUCAGCGUUUGUAUAUAUAUAUAACAUUCUAUAGGACUGGUUUGGUAUUGUUAUUCUGGUGUAAGGAAGGCAUCAGUGAAAACAAAAAAAUGAUUUUGCAAAGAGUAGCUCUACUUAUGCUCUUCUGUAGUUGGGUUUCUGCAUUCACGACGACAAGCAGUUCCUCUUAUUUUCUUACCACUAUGAAGUCUCAGCCAAUAGUGAAUGGAUCAUGCAAUGCUACAACAAGUUUGCCAUCUUUGACCCUAGUGGUAGACACUUCUGCCUCUAUGGAUUAUACUUUGCAAGAAAUAAAAAAUGCAACAAAUUUUCUCGUUGAUGGUCUCCAAAAUGAAACGAGGCAAUACACCUUGGUGGAAUUUAAUGAUCCAUCUGUUGGACCUGCUCAGAUUACAUGCUUUAAAAAAGAAUUUAAGGACUAUGUGAAUAAGAUUUAUCCUUAUUCUGGUGGUGACUGUCCUGAAUUGUCAAUGGCCGGUCUCCUGUUGGCACUGGAAAACAGUCCUUCUGGCUCUCUGUUUGUACUAGUCACUGAUAGCUCCUCAAAAGAUUACCUUGACUACGACACAGUGAAUCGUAUAUCUUCUCUUCUCACAUCUAAAAGAGCAAAGGUGAUUUUUCUAAUCAGAAGCUACUGCUUCAGCUCAUAUUCUGCUGAUUUCUUGAUAUACAGAGAGAUUGCUUCUAAAAGCUACGGGCAUGUUUUCCUAAAUUUUUACUACCCUGACAUAAGUAAAAUUGUUAACCUUCUGGACUUUUUGCUUUGGAUACCAACUAACAGUUCAAUACGUUUGCUCUCCAUUGAUACAAAUUAUACCAGUUAUGUCAGCACUUCCUUUACAUUUCAUGUCAGAAAUAACUUUACAGCAAUAAUAAUAUCUACUGAUGGAUCUAUAUAUUCAAUGGUCAUUACAGGACCUUCAGGUGUUGAAGCAAAAACAAAUAAAAUAAUGAAAGAAUAUUGGGGAUCAUUGCAUUUUGUAGAAAAUCCUGACAUAGGAGCUUGGAAAAUUAACAUAAGUGCCUCUGCAUCCAGUUCCAUACGUAUUGAAGGCAUUACUGCCAACAGUAUAACACCCACAGAUACCUGCUCAAAAUGUCACCCCAGAGCCUCUUGUAAGAAAAAUCUAUUUGGCAGUAAAUGUGUCUGCAAUGACGGAUUUGAAGGCAAUGGCUACACAUGCUAUGAUAUUGAUGAAUGCAGCAACUGGUAUUGGUCUUACCCUUGUAACACCGGUAUAUGUAAAAACACAUAUGGCUCAUACAACUGCACCUGUCCAUAUGGGUAUGAAAUGUCAAACGGAACAUGCGCUGACAUAAAUGAAUGUGCAAGACCUGGUUUGAACAACUGCCACUCAUUAGCAUCGUGCAUUAAUAACAAUGGCUCCUAUUCCUGCUUGUGUCCUUCUGACUAUUUCGGAGACGGAUUUUACUGCGAGUUCAAUGAAUGCACAACUAAAGUUUGUGGGGAUGGAAUGGAAUGUAUCAAAUCAAAUGGCUCGUAUUCCUGUAUGGACCCAUGUACAAACUACACCACGCUUAGCCAACCUUGGAGAAGCACAUCCUAUUAUUAUUAUUAUGAUUAUUAUUAUGAUUAUUAUUAUGAUUAUUAUUAUUAUACUCAGUGUGAUUAUUACCUGUAUGGAUGGUAUCGAUUCACAGGAAGUGGAGGAACUCGAAUGCCUGAAUAUUGUCCAUCCUCAUAUAGUUGCUAUACUAACGGUCAAAUGUGGCUGCAUGGUUCGCAUCCUCAGCCUGUAGAUGGAAUUGUAAACCGCACUGUUUGCACGAACCGCAACGGGAACUGCUGCUAUUGGUCAACUGAUGUGUCAAUUAAGGCUUGUUCUGGAGGGUACCACGUGUAUAAACUAAAAGGAGUAUCAAGCUGCUACUCAGCAUAUUGUACAGAUCCAACAACAGCCAGGGAUUCCUGUUUAUGUGCGGAUGAUGAAGAGUGCAGAUUUGUUAAUGGCCAUUUCGGCUGCUAUUGCAAAAGUACAGCUGGGCCUUCAGUCAUUGAAGAUUUACGACCUGUUUUGACAUGCGAUGCCCAUAUAAUGAGAGCUUCUUUUCGGAAAUGCCACCUGGAAAAAUUUAACUUAAGUAAAAAGAACAUACAUCUCGCAAACGGUAGCUGCAUUGGCUCACAAGAUUAUAAUGCCUCAAACAUGAUAUCCGUGGUGUCCGCACCAAAAGCAGGCGUGUGUGGAAAUGAGUUACUGAAAAACUCAACGCAUGUCAUCUACAAAAACACUGUCUACGUAUCCCUGGAUGUUAAUUCUACUAUCGGAGGAGAAGAUGUAGUUAGAAUAAGAUUUUCUUGUGUAUACCCACUGGAUAUGCAAGUUUCUAUUAACACAGCAUUGAAACCUUUUAGCAGCAUAACGAUAAUAGAUAUGGAAGGUGCUGGACAGCUAAAAGCAGUCAUGGCUCUUUACAAAGACUCUAACUACUCUUCAGUCUUCGAAGGAUCAGAGGUUACAGUGACCAAUAAAACAAUUUUGAAUAUUGGAAUAUACAUAGACGGAGCAGACAUCUCAAAGUACACCUUGGUGAUGAAAAAUUGUUAUGCUACACCUUCCACUAACCCCUUAGAUCCAAAGAGAUAUGACAUCAUCAAGGAAAGCUGUUCAAGUAAACAGGACGCAUCCAUUACUAUUCUUGAAAAUGGUGUUUCAAACAGAGGACGAUUCUCUGUUCAACUCUUUAAUUACAUCAAAGAUUCCAAUCGUGUGUUCUUGCACUGUUAUAUUCGUAUAUGUGAGCCAGCAGCAGAGUUGUGUACCCCACGCUGCUCUGGCAUGAGACUGAUAUCCGAGAGUAGUAAUAGUACCGAUCGUGCUCUUUUCUUUGGGCCAAUAACUAAACAAGUUGAUGAGACCAAACCAUCAUCAGCGUGUCGCGGAACAUGGGUUCCAAAGCAUCUUCUGACGUUUGCAAUUUUAUUCUUAACAGUUUUUGUAUUAUAAACUAAAAGUUAAUGGAACGUAAAUUAUUUUUUAUUCGGAAACAUUCAAUGUUUGUUACAUUGUGAAUACAUAAUAUGCAAGCUGGAUUCUUAAAGGGAAUUCUUUAAAAAUUCUAUUAGUAAAACUGAAAUACAGCCAUUCCUACUUCCAAUUGCACAUCCUAACUCUGAAUUGAAGCUCCAACUAAAUAUGAGUUAUAUCCCUUAUACUGAUGCUCCUAUGUAUGAAACAUGGCUUGUUCCUGACUCCAAAUUAAACAUCUAUUCAUUGCCCUUGGAGGUCCUGCAUCAGAGAUCCUAUGCAAAAACAUUGCACCUUUGCAUCAUUUACCCUCUCUCUUCACAGCAUAAACUAGAAGUUGGAGAAGCCUCCAUAUGACAAUGGUAGCAAUGGGCAAAUUAGUGAAAUGUCUGCUGCAAAAUGUGUUGUUUUUUUACCCCUGAUGUAACCCACCUUAAAUACCUUAUUAUUCACCCCAGUCUUUGUCUCACAUUUCAAGGUACUCUAUCCUCCAGGGUUCCAGGGUUGACUAAUUUCCCUAGAGUAAAUUGUGCCUUAGUGAUGCUCAAGCAAUGGGGGGUAUUAGCUUUCCAGAUCUACUGAUGCAGCUUGAGAUCCCACAUUGUCAUCGGUGGCUUUUCUAAUCUAACCCAACAUUCUAUAACAAUAUUUCAGAAACACGUAAAUCAGGGGACAGGAGAGCCAGCUUAUAUAAAAAUAUUUAGGCCUUAACAUAUUUCGGUUUAUCACUUUGUUUCAACAAGCGAACAAUAAUUCUAAAUGCGUCACAACUUAUCGAUGAGACCCGAUCUUAACACACAAUAAUUUUCAUAAACAAUCCAUGAACUGAUUUUGAAACCCGCCUUACUUUUGCAUUUAAACAAAAUGUUACUCAGAAUCGGAUAUCAAGGAAUCAUGGGAAUGUACUAUUCAGUAAUGUGUAAUGGUUACGGAUAUUUUUAACCAAUUGGGGAAUCUUCCUGUAAAUCUGCUUUCUGAAUACAAGCAUUUUCUAGUAUCUCAAGUGUAUGAGAGUUUAUCAGUAAAUGUACAUAAUGCUGUUUCUUACCAUAAUAAUGCUACGUUAAGCAAAAUUAUUGCUUUUAGAAUCAAUUACUAAUACUUAUACUAAUAAUUUUUAAAUAAUGUUCUAUUAAUAAAUAGAUAUCACAAAU